AUGACUAGCACCGCCGCCUGUGUUUUCUGUGACAUCAUCAAGGGCAAAAUCCCGCUGUUCAAAUUGCUUGAGACCAAGUACACGUAUUCGUUUUUGGACAUCCAGCCCACGGCCGAGGCACACUGUCUCAUCAUCCCCAAAUUCCACGGGGCGAAAUUGCACAAUAUUCCCGACGAGUACUUGGCAGACUUGCUCCCCAUCGUGAAGAAAUUGACGGCCGUUUUGGAGCUUGAUGGAAACAACACUCCUGAUGGCGAGGGCUACAACGUUUUGCAGAACAACGGCAGAAUCGCCCACCAGGAGGUGGACCAUGUGCACUUCCACUUGAUUCCUAAAAAAGACGCCGAAACCGGCUUGGGCGUCGGCUGGCCUGCACAGGCGACCGACUUCGAGAAGUUGGGCAAGUUGCACGAGUCCUUGAAAGCCAAGUUAGAGAAGUUGUAG